AAGGGAAAAGACCGCUCUGGAGAAGAAAAGCUCUGCCCUGGAGAAGGAAAAGACUGCCUUGGAGAAUAAAACCACCUCCUUGGAGCAGAAAAACAGUCCUGGAGAAGGAAAAGACUGAUCUGGUGAGGAAAAGCACUGACCUGGAAAGGGAAAAGACCGCUCUGGAGAAGAAAAGCUCUGCCCUGGAGAAGGAAAAGACUGCCUUGGAGAAUAAAACCACCUCCUUGGAGCAGAAAAACAUGGUCCUGGAGAAGGAAAAGACCGCUCUCGAGCAGAGAAUCACCUCCUUGGAGAAGGAAAACACCAAAAUGCAGCAGAAAAACACUGCCUUGGACCUGAUAAACACCGCGCUGGAGCAGGAGAACACUGCUCUGAAGCUGAAAACCACAGCUCUGGAGCAGAAAAGUGCUGUUUUGGAGCAAAUAAAGACUGCCUUAGAGCAGAUAAACACACCCCUGGAGCAGAACAACACCACCCUGGAGCAGAACAACACCGCCCUGGAGCAGAACAACACCGCCCUGGAGCAGAUAAAGACCGCCCUGCAGCAGGAGAACACUGCCCUCGAGCAGGAAAACACCGCUCUGAAGCUAAAAAGCACCACCCUGGAGGAGAAAAGCACUGUCCUGGAGCAAAUAAACACGGCCUUGGAGCAGGAAAACAAUGUCUUGGAGAAUAUAAACACCGACCUGCAGCUUGAAGUAGAACAGCUGAACAAAAGGCUGAGAGACAGAGGGGAGCAGGAGAACCAGCAGCCAUCUGAAGCAGAAACCCACGAAGCCAGCAGGCCACAUGUAUUAAGACGUGUGGUCGGAGGCUUCUCUGAUACACUUCUGAAAAUGUACCAAACCGACAAUCUUAGGUACUGGGUUGAAAGAUGGUACUUCUAAAUAAAGAAGUGUAAUGAGGACUCCA